GCAAUGCCACCAGCUGGGCUUUGCGAUGAAGGUGCCCCUUGGCCAGUGGCAGAGGCUGCAGAGCGGGCCUGGCCUGGUGGGCCCUACUGGGAUGUUCCCUGUCGCUCUUACAGGGCUUUGAGGGCGGAAAGGAGUCAGCAGGCCACACGUAGACAGCUCAUGCGGCCUUGCGUUUGCUCCUUGAACCAUCAGCAACCCCCGGAAGGGCAUCCGAGGGACCUGCGGUCCAGGGAACGCAGUGAGGCCAGAUUCAGUGGCCAAGUUGACUUGUAAACAGAUGCCCUCGGUAUUGGACCCCGGAUUUCCUGUCUUCUGGCCCAUUGCUUCUUCUACCAGCAUGAGUUAAACCUUUCUUCCCAGUGGAGUUUGCACUUCAUUUUCUCAUGAUGAUGGCCCUUGAGCGUGACUGACAGGUUUCCUCCAGUACGAGGUGACUCUUGAAGCUCUGCAGAAACAAUUGUGUGUGUGAUUUCAAGGCAGGAUGGCUGCAAAAGUGGUUCCUAUACCCCCAAAGCCAAAGAGGUCCUUUAUACUGAGAGUUCCUCCUAACUCCAAGCUGGGCCAAGAUCUACUUCGAGAUGCUACUAGUGGGCCCAAGACCAUUCACCAGCUGGUUCUGGAGCACUUCCUCACCUUCUUGCCCAAGCCAAGCCUGGUCCAGCCCAGUCAGAAAGUCAAGGAGACCUUGGUUAUUGUGAAGGACGUGAGCUCAAACCUUCAGAACAGCGUGCAACCUCAUCCCUUAGUGAAGCUUCUACCCAGAGAAGGAAUCCAGCAGAAACAGGAGACAGUGUCUCUGUGUUUGAAAGCUGAGUCUGAGGAGCUGGUGGUCUUUGAGGAUUUGAAUGUAUUUCACUCCCAAGAAGAAUGUGUAAGCUUGGAUCCUGUUCAGCAGCCCACCUCAGAGAUUCAAGACAACAGUAUUGGGGAGAUGAUGUUACUGGUCAGUGACAGUAAUCCUGAGGGUAAAGAUCUUCAGAAAGAACCUGUAGAGAAUGAAGAUCAGAGAGAAAAGUCUUCAGAUUGUGAUGAAAUUGAUUGCUCCGUGGUCUCUGAGCAACCUCCAGAUUGCCAGAAAGAGGAAAGACUAAAUACAUCCAUUCCAAAGGAAAGGAAAAUGAGAAAUCUUUUAGUUACCAUCGAAAAUGAUACUCCACUAGAGGAACUCUCAAAAUAUGUGGAUAUCAGUGUUAUCGCACUUACCAGAAAUCGGAGAACAAGAAGAUGGUAUACUUGUCCACUGUGUGGGAAACAGUUUAAUGAAAGUUCUUACCUUAUUUCCCACCAGAGAACUCACACUGGAGAAAAACCCUAUGACUGUAGUCACUGUGGGAAAAGCUUCAAUCAUAAAACAAACCUUAAUAAACAUGAGCGAAUCCAUACAGGAGAGAAACCUUAUUCAUGUUCUCAGUGUGGGAAAAACUUUCGUCAGAAUUCUCAUCGGAGUCGCCAUGAAGGAAUCCAUAUAAGGGAGAAGAUAUUUAAGUGUCCAGAAUGUGGGAAAACCUUCCCAGGAAACAAAGAAUUUGUGAUUCAUCUGCAGAGUCAUGAGGCUGAGAGGCCAUAUGGUUGUACAAAGUGUGGGAGGAGGUUUGGUCGGCUGUCAAACUGUACCCGGCAUGAAAAAACCCAUUCAGCAUGUAAGACCCGAAAACAGAAGUGGGAUCAGGAAAGGUCUGAUGGUCCUGCCUCAACCUGAAAUAUUCCUUAAGGAAUUCUGAAUUCCCAGGCUAUCUGAAAAGAUACAGAUAAGAAAACCUCAUUAUAGCCAAAAUUGGAUAAAUACCCAUGUUUGCUGAAACCUCAAGUUUUUAGAAAAUUCACAGGGGGGAAGAAAAAAAACAAAAACAUCCUCAAGGGCUAUACCUCAGUUAGCAACCAGGCUUUUUGGACUAGAGCUUUCUUUUGUGAACUUGUAUAACAAUGUACAGGUCACAGAUCCCUUCCCUGAAAAAUGCUUUGAAAUAUGUCUGGGGGCUGUUUACCUUCAAGGUGAAGAGUGAUGAGUGUCCUGAAAGUAUAUCCAGCUUUUCCCCCACAUAGGAAUUCACUCUUGAGAAAUAAUGUAAAGGCCCUUAUCUGGAACUGUGUUCCCCUAAAAGAACCAAACUAUUGAUUUUUUAAGUCAACAGCUUCUAUUAGCAACUCAUAUAACCCUCUAAGGAUACCCUUAAAGCCUGAGAGUUGAAAGGGAUUGUUUACUUUGGAAUUUAGGAAAAUACAGCAAGUGAAUGUCAAGGACUUACUCUGUCAUUUGUAUGUGAUCUAAACUAAUGAUGAAUUUCAAUAACAUUUGCAGUUUGUGGUGAAAAGUGACUUUUACAGAAAUCCUUUUCACAGCGUAAUUUAAAAGUGUCUACUGUUCUCACUGUAUUUUGUUCUGCAGUUAAUUGCUCACACAGCUCUCUCAUGCCUUUCCCUUGCCAAAAGAAGUUUGGGUAGCUCAGGCCUGGCCACCCAGCCCUGCUCCUGGAAAAGCUGUUUAGAAUCUUGCCCCUCUGUUGAGUUGAGAAGAAAACCUGCUAGGAAGGAAACCCCAAGAGGAGGAGGACGUUGGCUUGGAUCCAUGGCUAGUCAGUAAACUUGCCAUAUGCGUAUUUCCCAUCAGACCUUUGGCAAUGGAUGGUCACUACCUCACAAGCAAAGUGCUUUACUUUUAGCAAUUAUGUCUCCAAUAGCUAGCUCACAUUACCCCUCAGGAGACAGGGUUCCAGUGUCCUCAUUGUAGUGGAUAUUUGUUCUCUUUGGCCUCCUGAUACACAGACUUUCCUGACUUGUCUGCCAGAGGCAAGGCCAGCGGUGCCUUCAUGGGACCGAUCCUGUGGUGCAUCAUUUUAGGAUUCUUGAUCAGUCUUGCUCUUCUUAGAGUUCCUAAGGUUUUACAUUGGUAUUUUGAUUGGAAUAGGUUAAAUCCUAUAUAUCAGUACUAUUGGGGGAAAAUUACCUUUACAAAUUUUGUUUCCUAUCCAGAAACAUACCUUUCCAUUGAUUAGGGUAUUCCUAAGUUUUUCUAAUUUUCUUCAUGAAAGUUCUACAUAAUUUUGUUACUGUAAAUAGUUUUUUUCAUUAUAUUUUUCUAGUUGGUUAUUGCUCUUACAUAGGAAAGUUAUUUUUAAUUAUAUAUUUGCAAAACUAGCCACUUCUCUGAAUGUAAUGUUCAGUAAUUUUGUAAUUUCUCAGUUCUGUUAAAAUUUGUGGUUAAAAAUUAUACCAUUUACAAA